AAAAGAAAAAGCCCUGGUUUAUCACUCACUUCCCGUUGACCACCCACCACAGCACUGCAAAAGCAUCGAGACUUGAGAGUUAAAGAGUAGCAGGAGGUUAAGCCAAAGAGAAAGAAAUGGCUGAUGAGGUGAUACUUUUGGAUUUCUGGGCAAGUCCUUUUGGGAUGAGAGUUAGAAUAGCACUAGCAGAGAAAGGAGUAAAGUAUGAGUAUAGAGAAGAGAAUUUAAGGAACAAAAGCCCUCUUCUUUUGGAGAUGAAUCCAGUUCAUAAAAAGAUUCCUGUUCUCAUCCAUAAUGGAAAACCCAUUUGUGAAUCACUUAUUGCUGUUCAAUAUAUUGAUGAGGUUUGGCAUGAUGAGUCUCCUCUUUUGCCUUCUGAUUCUUACCCAAGAGCACAUGCUAGAUUCUGGGCUGAUUUUGUUGACAAGAAGAUUUAUGAACUUGGGAGGAAGAUAUGGACUACAAAAGGAGAGGAUCAGGAGGCGGGCAAGAAAGAAUUCAUCGACGCCAUUAAGUUGUUGGAAGGUGAGCUUGGAGACAAGCCGUACUUUGGUGGUGAGAGCUUUGGGUAUGUUGAUGUUGCACUUAUCCCAUUCUAUUCCUGGUUUUAUGCCUAUGAAACCUGUGGGAACUUCAGCAUAGAGGCUGAGUGUCCCAAGUUCAUGGCAUGGAUUAAGAGGUGCCUGCAGAAAGAGUCUGUCUCCAAGGCCCUUCCUGACCAGCAGAAGGUCUAUGAAUUUGUUUUGGAGCUGAAGAAGGUAUUUGGUAUUGAGUAAGUGGCAUCCACAGGCCAAAGCUAUUAGGAUUUCCUGUUUAUGUUUUACAGUGUGGUUUGUAUUUCUGUAUUUAAUAAAUGGGUACUUAGCUGUGCCUUGGUUGUCUGAUUAUGUGGGCAGAUGGUUGUGCCUGCAAUAGUCUUUAUGUGCCUUUACUUAUUUGUAUUUUUAGUGUGGAGGAAUAUACACUUUCAUUUUCUCCUUGCUGCAA